UUUUUCUUGACCAGCUCUGACUUUGAGGAAACUGCCACUUCUUCGCUUUCUUGCCUAUCGAAUGGACUCCAAUGCAUUCGAUUUGACCUGGAGGAACUACUUUCCUUCAGCUUCCCAGCUUUGCAUAUGCAUGCCAUCUAGGCAAACUCAACCAAUUCAGCUACCUCCAGAUGAACCUGUACCUCAGGAACUAUAUAAUCACCAGGCACAAAUUCACAGAAAAAAAAAAAAGCGCCGACAAACGGACGAAGGCUACGUAACCGGCCUUGAAUCUGUUAUAAGCACUACAACAACGGAUACAGAUCAGAGCGGGUCCCUAUCUCGAGGGCGACGAGGGCGACGAUCGACUCGCAAAUCUAGAAGACGACAUCCAACACACUCACAGUCUCAAUUUUAUGAAAUAUACCCAGAAGAGGAUACAGAGGAUGCACGUAUUUUGGAAGACCAACAGAUGCCUCAGCUCAUGUAUGACCAUAAUCAACUGGAUGACAUGUCUUCAACUUCCGGAGGUUACCAAGAGCAAGAAUAUCCGCAAACGCAUAAUCCAAAAGCAGAAGCAGAAGCAAUACAAGCGGCACAAACGCUGUUCACUACAAAGUUGGUAGACUUGACCGACAAAUUAACGUUCAUAAAGGAGAAUAUGAUGAUUCGAAAAAAUGAAAAUACACCCGACAACCAAAAAAUUUCAUCAGCAGCAGCGACAGCAGCAGCUACCUUAGGAAAACAGCCUGAAGUAGAAUCUGAUACAGAACUCGAAAGCAAUGAUCGAUCCCGCGCGCGCUAUUCACAACUUCAAAAUUACAAUGGCCUCCUGGAUAAUACUAUUAAUGAAAAUGAUACCCCAAACUAUGCGGAAGAAGGCUGGUCGGAGCAUGAAGAGACCCACGAUCAAGAGGAACCAAGUGUUCCUGCCUCAGACCUCAUCAAUCGUGUCAUGAACGUGGGCCGCAAGUGGUGGUCAUCAUAAAAAAUCUAUAUAUCAAUCCUAUGUACUAAGUAAUCUAUUGUAACUACGAACGUUCCUUUUUAGAGGCAUAAAGCACUCGCAAAUCAAUGCUGGAUUUUUAUGAUCACGUG